GUAGAAACAGUGCUCGUCGCUCGGAACUACUGACGGCGUUCUUCAUGAGCUGCUGUGCCUACGGCUGCCGCAGUCGCUUCGCCGACGGAAAGAAGCUUUCUCUCUGCCGUCGGGAAAGCGUGACAGGGAACGAAGGCUGACAUGGUGCUGCGCAUCGGGCGCGCGAAUUUCACCGGCACCACGUCCACGCGUCUUUGCGAGGAUCAUUUUACGCAAGACCAAUUCGAGCCUUUGAUCCUGCAAAAUCUUGGCAUAAAGAAACUGAAGCUGGACGCUGUACCCAGCAUCUUCACGCCAUUUGUGAAAAUCAAGCAAGAAGUUACCGGUACCCCCGCCACAUCACGUACUCACGAAGAUCGUCUUGGCAGUUCCUUAAAAGACACUUCCACUGAUGAUGUGAAAGACCCGUCUUUGACUUCCGCGCACGGCAUCCAGGAUUCGCUGGCGGCUACGUCGGAAACCACUCUGCAGAUUAGCAACAUUGGUACUGACGACACUUUUACUGAUGACGUAAAGGACCCUUUAAUUUCGACACAAGGCAUCCAUGAUUCGCUGGCGGCUUCGUCGGAAACCACUUUGCAGAUCAGCAACAUUCGUACUGCAGACACUUUUACUAAUGACGUCAAGGACCUUUCUUUGAUUUCGACGCAAGGCAACGAGGAUUCGCUGGCGGCUUCGUCGGAAACCACUCUGCAGAUUAGCAACAUUCGUACUGAAGACACUUUUACUGAUGACGUCAAGGACCCUUCUUUGAUUUCGACGCAAGGCAUCCAGGAUUCGCUGGCGGCUUCGUCGGAAACCACUCUACAAAUUAGCAACAUUCGUACUGAAGACACUUUUACUGAUGACUUCAAGGACGCUUCUUUGAUUUCGACGCAAGGCAUCCAGGAUUCGCUGGCGGCUUCGUCGGAAACCACUCUGCAGAUUAGCAACAUUCGUACUGAAGACACUUCUUCUAAAGACUUCAAAGACCCUUCUUUGCAUUCCACGCACGGUAUCCAGGAUUCGCUGGCGGCUACGUCGGAAACCACUAUGCAGAUUAGCAACAUCCGUACUGAAGAUGCAGCUUCUUGGCCCGAAAGCCAUGGUACGUCGUCAGGGACGUCGGAAGAGAAGCCUUAUUUUGCUUCGUACUCAAUCGUGACUCCCACUUUUUCAGCCGAUCCAUUAGCCGGCCACGGCGCCCCGGUCUGCUACGGGCCGCCACCAGAGAACCAGAUUCUUCCUUCACUAAGCAACGCCGAGCUCCACAAACGGAUGCUCGAACUCGAAUAUCAAGCGGAAAGCGCACGGCGUAGAUUGCAGCUGGCGAAUCGCCAGAAGAACAAAGUGAUCAAGAGAGUAUGAGAAACUGAAAUCCGAAGUGGCUCACUUCUUGGCUCCGGAUCAGCUGAACUGCAUGGCGAAGAGCUCGAGGGGAUCGCAGUGGUCGGAGGACACCAUUCGCAAAGCACUAAAAGUGAGACUGGCCUGCGGAUCCCGUGGCUACAACCUGGUUAAGCAAAUCCUCGCUCCGCUGCCCAGUCAACGAACGCUUCAGAGGCAUUUAGAGGUGCUCAAGUGCUCGCCGGGUGCAUUGCCGGAACUUCUACAUGCCCUCUCCGAUGAGGUCAAUAGCAUGGAGGACCAAGAAAAGGAUGUUAUCGACGUUGGCGACGUUGAAAUGACGUCCCCCCAGGCUGUUGACCCAACAACCGGAGCAAUACUCGGCAUACCAACUGCCCCGUCGCCAGACACUCCUAAAUAAGAAAAUGGAGAGGUGUGGAUCGACGGGUCUCGUCCUACCGUUGGUAGUGACAGGCCUCGUACACUGAGGUGGCCUUUGGCGGGCACUCCCAGAUGAGAGAAUUGACAGGUCUCUAUGUACGAGACCUGCCACAGUUGGCGGUGACAAGCCUCGUACAUUGAGAUGACCUAUGGCGUGCACUCUCAGAUGACAUAAUGGACAGGCCUCCAUUUGACAGGUCUCGAUGUACGAGGCCUAUCACCUGGAACACUGCUGGAUGACCAGCGUGCCUUUCGGAAAGUGUUCGAAGUCGUCGAAUGCAGACACAUGUGAUGCCCUGUUUUCUAGUCCUUCCACCUGAGAUUCAAAUGCCAAGUAUAAGACACACUUGCGCGACACCUGAAACCGACGAAGAAAUAGUACACGUGCUGACACGUCUGUGAAAUGCGCACAACGAUUCGCCGUUCUUUGCGAGAAUCCUCAUGAACGUGAUAUAAUGUUAUUUUUGUGGUUUCUAGAUUAUUGUUCUGACCGUGCUGUGGCUCGUUCUUGGUUGUCGGAGUAAUAUGCUCCGCAUUGUUUGUUUUUGUUUCUACUUUCUGUGAUACAGCAUACGUCCGCGCGCAGUCGUUUAAAUAAAAUAGUUGAA